GAAGCACAACGGAUUAAAAGUUGCCAAGGCAGAGUUUUGGCAAUGGAUGAAGAACCAAAUGGGUUUAGAAUAUGGAUGCCUGAUCAAGAUUGCCCUGGUCUUGCUAUGGCAAGAGCCUUUGGAGGUUUUUGUUUAAAAGAUUUCGGUCUAAUAAAAGAUUUCGGUCUAAUCUCAACUCCCGAAGUAACUUACAGGAAGCUCACAAAAAGAGACGAAUUCUUGGUCCUAGCAACUGAUGGGAUAUGGGAUGUGUUAACGAACAAUGAAGUAGUUAAGAUUUUGGCAUCGACAAAGACACGAUCAACGGCAGCUAAAAUGUUGGUAGAACGCGUUGUUCGAACAUGGAGAUAUAAAUUCCAGUGUGCCAAGAUUGACGAUUGUGCAGUCGUGUGUUUGUUUUUCAAACGUCGCAAACCCCCAAUGAAAUCCAUUUCCGAUGUUACUGAUUAGAGCUUGAAUUUUAGGGAGCUUGGAGCAUAUAGUUAUCCCGAUAGGACUAAAACUGAUGAUGGGCUUGAAACGGUUUUGGAUUGGAAAGUAAAUGAGGGAUAUGAGAGCCGAGGAGAUCGAUCACAUUCUAUAUCAAAUAGGUCUAGAAAGCGAAGACCGAGGAAAUUGGAUUGUAUUGAAGAGUAGGCUGAGGCAACGACGGCAUAUAAAAGACAUGGACUAAAUAUCUUCAUCAUCGAAGGGUUUUUAGUAAUCGAAAAUCAAUUCCGCUGGGGUGACAGAAUUAUUUUGACACCCCAACUGACCUACACUCACAGUCGGGAUGUGUGGGGUGCCAUUUUUUACAUUUUUUAUUUACAUGAGAUCGGCGUGGAUCCCAUGCCAAUGUGAGGGUCGGCCAUCUAGAUGGACAAAAUUAUCUGACACACUGACUUUAUUCAUCGAAAAUACCUAGGAUGGUUUA